UCUCGUUCUGCCCCAGAGGUACAGCUAUAUAUAUAUAUGUAUAUAUAACCCAUCCGAAGUACGUUCGGAUUUUGGCAUCCCUACCUCUGUUCCUGACUAUUUUGGUGCGGUUUGCUUUAGCCAUGUCUCACACUGCUCUACAGGGAAGCAUGGGGAGUCGUUUUGCCACAGGAAUGAGCUCACACAGAAUUUAUCUGUUUGAGAACGAGAAUUUCCAAGGGCGCAUGAUGGAGCUGAAUGGAGAGUGUCAAAAUAUCUGUGAGGGGUUAAACCGAGUGGGAUCCAUCAGAGUGGAGUGUGGGCCAUGGGUAGGUUAUGAUCAACAGAAAAUGUCUGGUGAGAUGUUCAUUUUGGAGAAAGGAGAAUAUCCACGCUGGGACACUUGGUCAAAUAGUUACCGCUCUGAUCACCUGAUGUCUGUGCGUCCUGUUCGAAUGGACCCGAAAGACCAUAACAUCUGUCUGUAUGACUGUGUGAACUUUGAUGGUCGUAAGAUGGAGGUUUCUGAUGAGGAUGUCCCAAGUUUGUGGUGUUAUGGCUUCCAGGACAAAGUAGCAAGCGUCCAAGUAAAUGGUGGAACGUGGGUUGGAUAUCAGUACCCUGGUUACCGUGGAUACCAGUACCUGCUUGAGUGUGGAUCCUAUAAGCACUGGAACGAAUGGGGCGCCAGUUUCCCCCAGAUCCAGUCUGUGCGUAGAGUAAGAGACAUGCAGAUGCAUCACAGAGGAUGCUUUGAGAUGAAGGCAUAAACAAUAACAGCAAGUUACAACAGCAUAAACAGGUGGAUACAUCAAAGUCCUGCAGGAAGAACCAUUGUGAAAUGUAAUCUUCAAAGAGCUGCUCAGUGAUGAUGAACUCCAUUAGCAUGUGUUGUGUUGUGUUAUGGCAUGCAUGUGUUUACCACAAGGCACAACCUUAUUUACAAAGACAUUUAAUGUUUAACCUCUUAUAGUAAAAUCAUCAAACAGGAGAAUAGUUCUUAUGUGCAGCUUUUAUGCGAUGCUUUGUUUAAUAGUUUUACUUUAAUUUAUACAGCCGUUCUUUUCUCAACCCCCUUUUAUGAUUUUUUUAGAUCUGUUUUAACUUUAUUAUUAUUUUACCUUUAUUUGAUCCAAUGAUGAUUUUUAAACCUGCCAUAAAGGAACUUAACUCCUUCUUAAUCCAACCUUUUUAAGAAAUAUUCACUUGACAUAACAUAGCCCAACCUGCUUCUAGUUGUUAACAUUUACACUUCAUAAAUGUGAUGAUCCUUUACAGAGGAAGUACUGCAUUUUAAUUGCAUCCCUCCCAUAAACACAUUUUGAACCCACAUUAUUUCUGACUAUAGAGGUGAUCCUGUCACACUUUUCUCAGGGAUGCUGGCAUCUAACACAUUUCCAACAACCAGAAAUAAACAAUUUCAAAAGCACAAUUGUUGUAGAUAUU